CAUAACCCCUCUCUCUCUCUCUCUCUCUCUCUCUCUCUCCCUCUCUCUCUCUCUCUGUGAUCAUAUUUACGUUUUCUUUUCUCUAUAUAUUAAUUUCAUCAUCAAUGGCAAUCCCAGUUAUUGAUUUCUCAAAGCUCAACGGAGAGCAAAGGACAAAGACCUUGGCUCAGAUCGCCGAUGGCUGUGAGGAAUGGGGCUUCUUCCAGCUGGUGAACCAUGGAAUUCCAGAGGAGCUCCUGGAGAGGGUGAAGAAGGUAUGCUCCCAGUGCUUCAAUCAAGAAAGGGAAGAGAACUUCAAGAACUCAGCAGCCGUCAAGUUGUUGAACGAUGUCGCUGAAAACAAAACCGACCAGAAGCUGGACAACUUGGACUGGGAGGAUGUCUUUAUCCUCAUGGACAACACUGAAUGGCCAUCAAACACCCCUGGAUUCAGGGAAACAAUGGCUGAAUACCGGUCGGAGUUGAAGAAGUUAGCAGUUAAAGUGAUGGAAGUGAUGGAUGAGAAUUUGGGUUUACCAAAAGGAUACAUAAAGAAAGCAUUCAAUGGUGGAGAAGAAGACAAUGCUUUCUUUGGAACCAAAGUGAGUCAUUACCCACCAUGUCCACAUCCAGAGCUCAUAAACGGUCUUCGAGCUCACACCGACGCCGGAGGAGUGAUCUUGCUCUUCCAAGAUGACAAGGUAGGUGGUCUCCAAAUCCUCAAAGAUGGGGAAUGGAUUGAUGUCCAACCUUUGCCUAAUUCCAUUGUCAUCAACACUGGGGACCAGAUUGAGGUCCUUAGCAAUGGAAGGUACAAGAGUGUUUGGCACAGGGUUUUGGCAACCCCAAAUGGAAAUAGGAGAUCUAUUGCUUCUUUUUACAAUCCAUCAUUGAAGGCCACCAUUGCACCUGCUCCACAACUUGUCGAGAAUAGUGCAAACCAAGAGUACCAUGACCGAGUUAUUACUUAUCCAAAGUUUGUGUUUGGUGACUAUAUGUCAGUCUAUGCUGAGCAGAAGUUCCUACCAAAAGAACCAAGGUUCCAAUCUGUGAGGGCCAUGUAGAAAAAAAGUAAAAGAAGAAAAUUCGACUUCCUGAAUAUAUAUGCGGAAGUAAUUAGAUACUCUUCUAUGUAUUUUUAAUUUUUGUUUUUGUGUAUUUUUGUGGUUCUGGGGAGGGAGUUGGCACUUCUGGUCAUUCGCUACUAAUUAUAAUUACCUUAAGCUUGUCUUUCUCUUAACUACAUUUUGGAGGGGAGGAUAGAAAGCUUUCUAAGUGGGUAAUGUUAUUGAUCUUUGUGGUUUUUAAAAUUGUUGUUUUUAUGUCUCUUUCUACUCGAGUAUUGAUGGGAUGCUUGUCUCCAGCUGAGAUUUGCUUUGUAAAAUAUUCAUAUAUAGAUUGUGUUUUCUAAAUCUUGUUGUCUGGAUU